AUGGAUCCUAAAGCCAUCUUCGACAAGCUAACCACGCUUGAUGUGGAAAUCUUAUCACUGGUCAAGUUUGCAUACGUUGCUCCUGUGAUACUGUUGAUACUAUACAACAUAUGGAGCCGCGACAAACGACUAAGACAUCUACCCCCCGGGCCAAAGGGCCUUCCCAUCAUUGGAAAUAUGCUGGAUAUGGCGGACACCGACAAGAUGAUGACGGUAGCCAAGGAGUGGGCUGACCAGUACGGCGACGUCUUCUACACAAAAGUCGGCCUUUCUCGAUUCAUCUGGUUGUCAUCUCCGUCGGCCGUCAAAGAUCUCAUGGAUAAGCGAGGCUCGAUCUACUCGUCGCGAGCCCCGAGUCCCAUGAUAAACAUAGUUUCAAACAAUGAGCGUGUCAAUUUUCUGCCAUACGGAGAGAAAUGGCGGAUGAUUCGCAACAUUCUUCAUUCUGCGCUCAACCUAGAGACAUCGACAUCGUACAAGCCAGUCCAAGACUUUGAGUCGAAGCAAGCGGUUUGGGAAAUUUUAAACACAAAAGACGAUAUUGCGUUCAACGACAUCAACCGCAGAUACUCGACAAGUACAAUAAUGAGAAUUACAUAUGGUCACCGUGUCAAAGACCUCAACGAUCCCCUAUACCAGGAUAUUCUCAAAAUCGUCCGCCAUUUUUCGCUUGCUACCGCGCCGGGAGGCUGGAUGAUUGACACACUCCCUAUGCUCGCAGACAUUGUUCCCCAGUUCUUGCUGCAGAAUUGGAAGAAGGUCGCGCGGCAGUGGUACGAUGAGGACUCCGGCAUAUACCUGAAGAUGUACAAUAAGCUUAUGGCCGAUAUUGAAAAGGGUGUCGCGCCAGACUGCUUCCUCAAAGACCUGGCAAAAGAGAAACUAAAAAAGAACCCGAUUCCAGAUGUCACGGCGGCGUUUGCAGCUGGAGCAUUGAUAGAAGCGGGAAGUGAUGCAACAACAACGGCUUUGAACAAUGUCAUCUUGGCUUGUUUGCUGUAUCCCGAGGUAGUCAAGGGCGCACACGAAGAGCUAGAUCGUGUUGUAGGUAACAAGCGAAUGCCGGAUUUCAGCGAUGAGCCAAAUUUGCCGUACAUUCGAGGCAUUGCCAAGGAAACGCUCAGAUGGAGAGCUUCAACAAAAAUUGGGACUUGCCAUGCAACCACGCAAGAUGACUGGUACAAGGGGUAUUUCAUUCCCAAAGGAUCCGUCGUGGUCCUCAACUGGGCUAUUCAUAUGGACGAAAAGCGCUGGAAGAACCCAGAGCGUUUCGAUCCUACUCGCUAUGUGGACGAUAAUCUCACCGAAGCUGAAUCCAUGGGCCAAGCUGAUCCUAACCUUCGCGAUCAUUUCACAUUUGGGGCCGGACGUCGAAAUUGUCCUGGGUUGCAUAUUGCACACAACUCCUUGUUCAUAAACAUUGCGCGCAUAUUUUGGGCUUUUAAUAUGCGCAAGUCGGUUGACGUUAAUGGAAAAGUUGUCGAGCCUUCCACAGCGGCACAACCAGGGUUUCUAUUGACACCGGUAAAGUUUCUAUGUCAUUUCGAACCGAGGAGUGCGAAACAUGCAGAGACUAUAGAGAAAGUUUGGGCUGCGGCACAAGAGAAAGCAUAA